AUGGAAGAUUUCGACCACCAUGAGCCGAUUUGCAGACCAGAGAUGUCUGAAGCCGCGGCAAAGACCGUGUCGAAGUUCGAGCUCAUCAUCAUCUCCUAUGGUCAUGCCCACGGUCCCCUCACCCUCUUAGAGCCAGGCACCGUCGAGCAGCUUACCUUUUCUGUGAGGGACAUGAAAAAUCCUCCUGCCCAACUCUGGAAGACGCACACGGGAUUGUCCUCUCAUCUGCGUAAGGAAGUCAUGGCCAACCGCGGCGCAGCUGCAAGAUUGAGUUUGAUUCUCGAGGCCGUGCGGAAGAAGAUGGGUGAGAUGCAACUUGCCCGCCAAGGGAUCGACAUAAGCGCAGAUUCACCUUCGUCGUCUGCGGCGCCGUCCACUCUUGUUGUCGGUAUCAUGUGUGAACGUGGCAAACAUCGCAGUGUCACUUUUGCGGAGGAGCUCUCGCGAAGCAUUCAAGCAGAUGAUUGUUGGGCAGUUUCGGUUCAACAUCGUGAGCUGGAGCAAUACCCGCACCGCAAAAGUGCAGCCAUUCGGGAUGAGAAGGCACUGAAAGGAGACGGAAGAGACAGACGCAAGCUACGCAAGCCACGCGAUCUGGAGAGGAUGCAAGCCAACCUCGCGCCGUUCAGCCAGUUCAACAACCUGACCUUCGACCCACCGAUGGUCAUGUUCUCGGCGAACCAGACACCCUCGAGCCAGCACAAGGACACGGUGCGCAACGUCGAGGCCACGGGCGUGUUUUGCUGGCAACUCGCGACGUGGGAGCUGCGCGAGGCCGUCAACGUCUCCGCAGAGCAGGUCCCCUACGGCGUCGACGAAUUUGAACGCGCCGCCCUCGAAAAGGUCUGGUCAACCGUGCUCAAGACUCCCGUGCCCAUGGUCAAGGCCUCGCCCGUCCGCUUCGAGUGUGAGUACCACUCCACGCUGCGCCUGCCCUGCAAUCCGCCAAUGGGCACCGUCGAUAUCGUCAUCGGCAAGGUCGUCGGUAUUCAUAUCGACGACCGGGUUUUGACGGCUGAUGGCAAAAUCGAUGUCGCAAAGACACAACCCAUUGCAAGAUGCGGCUAUUAUGACUACGCCGUCAUUCGGGACACGUUCGAGAUGAUAAUUCCGGGAGACAUCGAGGCUAUUCGUCACGGUAUGGAGGGCAGCGUGAGUAAACAUAGAGCCGCUAGAGAGGCCGCCAACAAGAUGGGUGUUAGUGAAUCAGGUCCACCCUGA